AUGGAGCCUAUUGACGGAGUCAAGGCCUCUUGCGUUAGCGGCACUAAACUGAAACUUACGAGCAGCUCUACGACGGGCAGAAGCAGCGAUGCCAGCAGCAGCAGCAACAGGAACAACAGCAACAGCAGUAGCAACACACCCAGCAGCACCCGCAGCACAGACACACCUAGCAGCAACAGCAGUGGCAGCACGAGCCCCAUAAGCGAAAGCCUUAGUCCUGUUAGGAGCCGCACUAGGAGCUCAAAUGCCAGCAGCAGCAGCAUCAGCAGCAGCAGCAGCACUAGCAGCAGCAGCACUAGCAGCAGCAGCACUAGCAGCAGCAGCACUAGCAGCAGCAGCAGACGGAAUAUUCAUCGUGGGGGUCUGCUGCUGCAGCAUGCAUCAUCGGGCAGCAAGACGGAGACAGAAGCAGUGCAGCAUGAGGGCGGCGUGCUGUUGCAGCGGCAGCAGCAGCCAACUCCCAUCCUGCGGCUGUCUGUAAACCGCAGGACAGGAGCUGUCUCUCGCAGCCAACACCCAGCAGGUCACUCUUCCCGCUCCUCCCUCACCCUCGCUCCAGCCCGCCUCCGCCUCGGCAGUAGCAGCAGAAAUAGCAGCAGCAGCAGCAGCACGGUGUAUCUGCAGCACGCUGACUAUCGCGAGCAAAUAGAGACAGCAGAAAACGGGAAUUUGAAGUGGGGGCAAAAGGAGGCAAACGAUGGAAGUUGGGUAGAGAAAUGGGCUGUACAGACACUGCCUAAACCGCAGCAGCAACAGCAGCAACAGCAGCAGCAGGAAGAGCAGCAGGAGCAGCGAGUGCUGGAGUUCGGCCAAAGCCAAGGAAGGAAUUACCAAACCAACGAGCGGUGGAUAUCGCGUUGGCAGGAAACGGAACGCGAGCGAAGAAUGGAGAAGGUGGUUCAGGAACUGCAACAGCAGGAGGAGCAGCAGCAGGAGCAUCAGCAGCAGGAGCAGCAGCAACAGCAGGAAGUGCUGCAGGAGUGGGAGGAGGAGGAGACAGAAGACAAAAUCAAUGGCAUCUUAAAAAUAAGCAAAAGAGGGACAGACAGCAGGAGUGGGGAAGGAAGAAAUUGGAGUCUCCGUCUCCUGAAGCGCAAGCAUCAAGCAGCAGCAACAGCAGCAACACGAGACACUGGAGAGGCGAUGGAUGAUGGUGCACAGGGGACAGGCGAGGAUCUGCUUGCAGAGUCGUCUGUUUUGCUGCCAGCAGCAGCAGCAGCAACAGCAGCAGAAGCAGCAGCAAACUUGCAACCAGGGCAUGAGCUUGAGGUAUUUGAGGAGACACGUGGAAUGGAGACAAGGGGACGACUGCAGCACAGGAGGACAGACGGCAGGCUUGUCUUCGAAGCAACCUGGAGAGAAGUGGCAGCAGCAGCAACGGCAACAGAGACAGAAGCAACAACAGCAGCAGCUAAAGAGGUGCAGCAGGAGUGUAUGUGGAUAGACGAAGACGGCACAAAGAGAGGCUUGAAAAAGGGCAGAGAUAAAGACGGGGGGUCUUGGGAGGAAGAAUGGAAAGAAAAUUGCGACGGCACUCGCGAGAGCAUAAAAAGGAGACAAAUGCAGCACGGAGAAUGGGAGGAGACAACAGGAGUUAGAAGAGCAGCACAAGGAGACAACCAGCAACAUCUCGAAGAAUUCUCCAACCGAGUGGAGAGAACAUAUGGGGAUGGUCACAUAGUGGAGAGUACAGACAGCUGGUUGAGACCCCUCGAUGGCAGCGGCGCAGCAAGGGGGACUCAGAGACGGGAGACACAAACUUUUGAUGGACACAAACUCACUUGCGUAGAGAUGCUGGUGGUGGUGGUGGUGCUGCUGCUGCUUGUGGUAUUCGGGGUUGCCUGUGCUUUUGGAUUUUCCGUGUUCCAGCUGCUAAUGCUGCUUUUGUUGCUGUUGGCUCUGUUACUGAACCGAUGGGGAAGGAAGAAGGGAAACCGCCGCACAGAUGGAAUGGAAUGGGGAGAGCGUUGGGAAGAGGUAGAAGGCCUAGAAGACACAGCAGCACAGCAGCAGCAGCAGCAACAACAAGAACAGCAACACUUGAGGAUACGCAUACUUUUACCAGGGGGAGAAGUGACGACGCGGCAAGUUUUGCUGCUGCAGCAGCAGCCGAUGCAAAUCAAAAGGCGGUAUGAAGAUAAGUGGUGGAUUGAAGCCAGUGGGAACUCCUGGGGCCACAAAGAAGGGUUUGAUGAGGAUGGAGCUAAGCUGAGGGAGAAAUGGUAUGACAACGGAAACGAGAAGGAAGUCGAUAGAUGGAAAGAAAUGCCAGAUGGAGCGAUGGAAG